CCACAACUAGCCGAUAGCAACAACAAAAACGGGUUUUCAGACUCGCUAUUUAUUUAACUAACCAGUCAAAUACAAAAAAAAUUUGAAAUGGAGCCCAUAUCACAAAUUGUAAAAUCCACUUUACCCAACUAUCUUUCAAAUCUGCCGAUUCCUGACAGUUUCGGCGGCUGGUUUAAGCUCUCCUUCAAGGACUGGUUGGCCCUGAUCCCACCAACUGUUGUGGUGGCUGGAAUCGGAUAUACCGGAUACCUGGCCUUUUGUCCGGCGGCAAAGGCCAAUUGUGCGGCCAAAAACAGUGGACGCUGCAAUAACCAAAUCCGAAAACACGAACCGAAGGUGGUGGACAUGAUCGAUGUGGAGGACAUUGCGGAGAAGGCAGCCUUCUGUCGGUGCUGGAAGACCAAGAACUGGCCCUACUGCGAUGGCAGCCAUGGCGAGCACAACAAGCUCACCGGCGACAACGUUGGACCAGUUGUGGUGAAGAAGUAGAUUCCAGAGGUUUAUCGACAUACAACACAACUAGCAUUUCCUUGUUUAAAUUCUCUCCGAGCUUCUGUUUGCUUUUAAAACCAGGUUUUAUGGUUGAAUUUUCUUCGAAAUACUUCUACGCUGUCAGAACCCCUUGUAAUAGUAAGCAAUGAUUGAUGAUAUUGAUGGAUUAAGUUAAAAGGAGCCAAUAAAAUUGCCCAAAAAUAUUGAA